AAAUCAGGACUAAAGAGGCAGGUAAAUAUUUAAAUUAGUUAUUAAAACUUCAUUGGAUGCAGAAACCUUAAUGCUCAGUUUAUGGCCUGUGGAGUUCCUCAGGGGUCUGAUUUUCGUCCUCUAAUGUUUUCAGUCUGAAGGACACUGUACUCCCAGAGGCCUGUAUUACGAAGCAGGAUUUGAGGUUAUCGAGGUAGUGGGGUAAAUCACCAUGGUAACUGAUGCUGAACUCUUAACCUGUUCCAGCACAGAUUAACUUCAGAGGAUCAGAUCAAAACCUGUCAACAGCCAAACUCACAGAUCAGAUCACUGGAAAACCUGAGUCAUCAUUCCUACAGGAUCCUGAGAGGGACAAAAGAGUUUACAAUAGAAAGUGAUCAAUAAUAAAGUGCAGCGGCCCACGUUGGAGUCCAACCUCUGGCACUUUGCGUGAUAUCACCCUCUCUCUCUGACUCCUGUCUCUUUCAUUCUCGCUAUUUGAAUUAAUGCAAAUAAAAUAACUUACAAAAGAAAAAGUGAUGAACCUGGCUGGGACGCGGGUUCAUCACUUUUUUCUCUUUAAGUUACUUUUAAACAACAAAUUAGCAAUUAAUCAAAUGAUGUAGACAGAAAUUAUGUGGAGUAAACCUGAAGCUGUUUGGGCCCUGGGGGGUUUGGGGUCCCUGGGCAGUUGUCCACUUUGAUUGGAGAUCCAGCCUUGAUUAGGAGAGCUCUGACCCAGCAUCAGUUUGGACAUCCUGAGGUAGAGGAGAAGGAACUCCAACCAAAUUGUGAACCACAGGAAACUCCAAAAAGGAGGGAUGUUAGCAACAGUAGAGUGGUUACUGUGGAAACCAGCAGGAUGGAGGACGAGAAGGGAGUGAAGAAGAAGGAGGAGGAGAGAUGGAGGGAGCUGUUCCCUGAAAUAAAGAAGUGUGUGAUUGUGAGACUGGACAUGAUGAAGCUGAAACAAGAGGAGGGGGAGGGAGAGGGGGUGAGGUCAAGUGACCCAGAGCCAGACUCGGAUUGGAUGGAGCCGUUGGAGCUGGAUGAUGACAGCAGCAGCGCCGGCAGAUUGAGGAGAUUCGUGAAACAGGUGGAGUUUCAAAUGAACCCUGUCCCUGCUAACAGGCUAAGGAGACCCCGGGGCAGGAUGAGAGGGUCUGAACUGCUGAGGCUGAGGCUGUGUGGGAGUCCCGGCAACUACAGCAACCACAGCAACUAAACCCCAGUGUCAUCAGUGGAGGAGACAGAGGGGUGAGAAAGUCACCACAGAAGAGGAGGAGAAGACCUCAGUGAAGAAGAUAAAAAGAGAGAGAGUCUGGACUCGUCGACUGAAGAAGGAAGAAGAAGAGGAGGAAGAGAAGAAAAUCUGUGAUCCAGCUCAGGAAGUGAAGAACGGGUGGCGGAGGAAGAGGACGGGCCGAAGGAAAGCAAAGACAGAGUUAGAGGAAGAUGACUGGACUCAACCUCUGAUGAUGGAGGAGGGACAAGAGGAGGAAGAGGAGAAGAAAGGGGAAGAGGAGCCAAAGAAGGAGACAGACCCACCUCAGUUUGAACUGCUCGGUGUAACUGGAGAGCUGUGUCCUGAAGGACUGAUGACUGGGACACACAUACAGCUGAACUUGACACUCGACAGCAGACAUUUUACUUCCAGCAUCCUCUCUGACUCCACCCUCAUCAAUCUGUUGGGACUGCUGCCUCAGAUCUAUGUCCAAGACGGCUCUGUCCUCACCUUCAUCCCUCCUCCUGCACCUCCUCCUUCCCUCCCUCCUCAGCUCCUCCAGCCGAAAGAGGAGGAGGAGGCAUUGGAGAUCGAUACAUACAUGAAGGUGGGAGUGGAGGGAGUACAGAGCGAGGAGGAGGAGGAGGAGGAGGAGGAGGAGGAGAAGGAGGAGUGCAGGGAAGGAGUGACGGAGAGAGGGAAGUACUAUGACAUGGAGGUGGAGGUGCUGGGCUCCGACUCCGACGAGAGGACACUGGCGUUGUCAUCACUUUUUUCUGAGGUCACUGAUGAUGAUGUCACCGCAGAGGUGACUGGUGAUGUCAAAGCGUCUGACCUCAUCUAUGAACCCCCAGAGUGCAUUUCAUUGCUGUCCUCUAUGGCCGACACCAUGGUCCAUAUCCAACCUGAUCGCUGCUUCUACAUCACCGUACAGAGCAGACUGCUGCCCGACACACACACUCUGUACCACACACACACACAGAGGAUCACACACCUCAGCCAGGUGGUGUCUCUGCUGCUGGAGCUGGAGCGGCUGAUCAUCUGUCGAGGCUCGAUGGUUCGAUCCUCCACCUGUCAACUGGAGGUACGAUCACCUACCUGCCACCUGCUGGUGGCCCCGCCCUUCCUCACCUGCCUGCCCUGCCUGCUGGAGGAGGAGGGAAGAGGAGGAAGAGGAUGAAGCAGAUGAAGUCUGAGUCUCUGUUCUGUUUCUGACUGAUCUUCUUUUUCAGGUUUUGCUGUUCCACAUAUUUUAGUUUUUAGAUAUAAAGAGUUUGUGAACGCACAAGUUGUACUUUACUUUGCACAACGCAUGACUCUGACUUCAUGAUGUCCUGUUCAGCUAAAGCUGAACUUCAGGUUUAAAUAAAAACAAAACAUCAUGUUCA